GCAAUCCAAACUUCAGGAAGGAUCAGGACCUCUACAGCACAGCCAAGGAAAACACUGCUUCAAAAAUCUUCCCUGGGAGAAGUACGACCCUGUCUACCAGAAGUACCUCGAGAUAAGUGCUCGGCCACGCCUCAGGGACCACUACAGGGCGCACCAGCUGGCACUAUGGACGUGGUUGGUUCCUCAGCUGCAGCGGGUUGGUCGACCGGAAUUCCUGACUUUACAUGAAUCCGAGGAGGAGGAGGAAGGGGGCGUGGUGGUGCCUCCUGAAGAGCAACUGCAGGAACUGUCGGUGCUGCAUCACCUGUUCUCACAGCACGACGACCCCUCGCUGUACUCUGGGGCUGUGAGACCUUUACAGCAUAUGGCGGGACACUACAUCCUGCCUUCUACCACCACUACAGCGUACCCUCUCACCUCUACCACCACCAACACCACGCCCUCUUCCCUCCACCAUUCCCUCACCACACGCCACGGCCCCCUCACGCCAACGCCCCGUUAGGUCAGCCGCCAGACGUGCAGGCGCCCAACGCCACAGCUCACGCCGAGGCCACCAUGAACGAAGCCGUGGACUACAUCGCCUACUCCACAGCUCUCUCAGUCACCAUCGCCAUCGGGGUGUCGCUUCUCAUCCUCAAUAUUCUCAUCUUCGCCGGCGUCUACUACCAGCGGGAUAGAUCUCGUCUUGGGGACAAGCAGGAACAGCAGCAGAGUCAACAGAACAGCCAGAGCAGCAGCGAACAGCAGAUGGCAGCCAUCAGUUCAGCCUCGGGUCCUAUAUUAGGGUCGUCUAUUAACUUGGAGGUGACCAAACCCCCCCUGACGGCCGCCUCCUCGCUGAAGGCUCCGCCGCCCUCCCCUCUCACACACACUCAAGCCUUCACACACAUCUCAGAGUGCCCGCCCGCCUUCGCUGACAAUCCUCCUGUCAGUCGUGAGGCGGGUGGGCACUGCCUCCCUAUACCUCCACCCACCAUUCCUAACGGCAGCGCCACCCCUGGGCGGCCAACAGCUACAGCUCCAACAACACCAGCACCUGCAGCAUAAGCAGAUAACAAUGCCUCGACCACCGCCACCACCUCGGCUGUUGCCUGCAGAGUCACAGCCACUGCUUCCUGCACACGUGCCAGCUCCCCCCAGAGGCAAGAUCCCAGCCUACGAGGAGCUGAGAGUAUGAUGGCGGCGCCCUCUGGUCACGGUGCUUACUGCCGCACACGAGCACGCCCACGUUGUCGACUACUACGGCGGCAACUUUUACGACGGACACGACAUGACCACGUCCUUCCGCAGUGACCAAGACGACCCUAGGGUGAUGGCCGCCUUACCUGUCAGGGUGGACUACUGUGCUGGUAGUUCUUCAACGUGGCCACGGAAGGCCCGUGGUCCCCGCACGUGGCCAGAGGGCGAUACUACCUGCCUGCAAAACCAGCAGCAGCAGCCGCAGCACCAAGGGGCCACGCGCUCCUAGCAAUAAACGCCCAGUAAACAUGAUAGUGUUCUGGGCCGAUAGUGUGACCAUAAUGAGACGCUCUCAAUAAUUAUUUACAUCUUUAAUAACGUUUUCAAAAGUUGUCUAUGUGAACGUGUGCACUUUUUAUAUGUACGUGUGUGACUUACUCAAGUGUAAUAUACGUGUACAUAAUACUACACAGAUCAUCUAUUGACAUGUUACAGAUUAAACUGUUUUCAAUAAAACUUGCUAGUAA